AUGGACGCAUCAGUACCUCGCGUAAUACUAAGCAUUGCGUUAGCAGCUUUAUUGCCAAUGGCGUCACCGAAUGAUCAGAUAGCGAAGGAGAACAUACCCCAUUCCCGACAGAAAAGGAUACUUUGGAUAACAAAUGAUGGACGGUUGGCGUUACCUCCGGGAACAACCAUGACGAUCACACCGUCCUUAUCUAUGCCUUUUGUGAGACAUCCGCCAAAGGGGUUCCUUUCUAAUAUGACUAUAAGUUUUCCGUUUACAAUUGAUUUCGAUAAACUCGGACUAACCGAUAACGAAAAUCCUUAUGGAUCGUUUCCCCCCAUUCUGGCGCGAUCGAUGGGAAGCGCUGCGCUAUCUAUGAUGACAGACUAUGUGGGGCAAUACUUAGAGAGAAGACGAGGCAAGAGAUCUGUGCAAAACGCUAUCACACCUGAAGUUGAAAAGGCUGUGCUCGACCGAAUGCAUGGCGGAGAAAGAGCACUGAUGUACGGUAUUGCCGAAGAUAUGCUGGCGAACUUCGGACUAUCCGGAAAGGAAUGUCUUUUACGAGCCAUUUGUGAGAUACAAGCGCAUCCCCUCACGAACUUUGGUUUUCUCGGCGAAGUUAUGAAACUCUUCUUUACACCAAGCAAAUCACCGUACGCAGAUUUGUUAGAUGAAUAUGUGGAAGCGCAGAAGGCUGGUGAAUCGGGGGGUGAAUGCUGGCCCUACUACCGCCUCUGUCCUAAAAGCAUAUUCGAGUCUUCCGCAAAUAAAUACACUAAAGAAGCCGAAGAUGUACACAGACGACAAGAACACGAGAACGUCGAAGAAAAUGUUAUCGAAGAGGUCCAUGCUAUGUAACUUAGAAACAAUAUACCUUGGCCGAUCUAGAGUUAGUCACGUAAGAGUUAUUAGAGAAUAGACAGGAGGCGUAGAUGACUUACCUCAGGCCAAGUUACGUUAACAAUUGGAGCAAUAUCACAGGAAAAUAGCCCUUGUGACUGCCUUAUGAGGCACCCAUAGCUCCGGCGAGCUAGAAAAAUAAUCCCAAAUGUAGUGGUAGUUUUCGACCAAAGUUCAUUGUUAAUUAGUCUCUUAUAGAUAAAAUUUUAUUUAUGUAUCGACCUCUUACUUAUAAACGUAAUAAAAAGCAUUGACAAUGGAAUUUCAACUAUAAUCUCAUAAAUAAAGUGCCUUUAAUUGAAAUAUUGUAAUCUUAAGAUAUUUUUUUUUUAUUUGUUAAUGGUACUUCGUACUGAACGUUUAUAAGUUAGAGUGCUUUGUUUAAAAGUAUCCGAGUGCCAUUCUACAUUGGAUAAUUUAACUGUACUUUCCGAAACUUCACUUUUUAUUAUAUUUUAAGAUCCCUUUAAAUACUUUCUUAUUUUUUAUAACAUAGUUAAGCAUAUAAUAAUGUUGCUCAUAUUUAUUGUAGUUGCAUUUAAGUUGAGGAACUCGCAAAAGUCCUAAAUUAGUUAGAAAAUAUUGUAAAUUGUUAAAAUAAUAAAGUUAUUUAUAAAAC